UUGGUUGAUUCUCUUAUGCGUUGUGUAUUAUGCGUUAUGCACAAGUCAGUGCUCUGGCCCCCACUCUCAAGUUGGAGUGGCGUUCUAUCGUUCCGCCAGUCUAUUGAUUCGUCGUUCCCUGUUCGUGUCAACUACAUGACGUGGUAACGAUGGCAAGAUAGUAAUACCAAUAUUACAAGUUGCCGGUGUUGUGCUUGAGUUGACGAAACUCUGAACGUCAUCACCGCGAAAUCGCGAUAUUUCUCAUUAUUCCCUGCGCGUCGAAUCAUCAUGAUGUUGCAAUCAAUAUUCGACGAUGUUCGGCGUAUGAAUAAACGCCAGUUCCUGUAUCAAGUGCUGAGCUUUGGCAUGAUAGUAUCGUCAGCGUUGAUGAUAUGGAAAGGUCUGAUGGUCAUCACCGGCAGCGAAAGUCCUAUCGUAGUAGUGUUGAGCGGUAGCAUGGAACCUGCGUUUCAUAGGGGUGACUUGCUCUUCCUUACUAAUUACGAAGACGAACCAGUGAGAGUAGGCGAAAUUGUGGUUUUCAAAGUAGAAGGACGAGAUAUACCAAUUGUGCACAGAGUACUUAAGCUUCACGAAAAGGGUGAUCAAAACAAUACGGUCAAGUUUCUCACAAAGGGUGACAACAAUUCCGUGGAUGACAGAGGCUUGUACGCGCCUGGUCAGCUAUGGCUGACACAUAAGGACGUUGUUGGUCGGGCGAGAGGUUUCCUGCCAUAUGUCGGCAUGGUCACUAUAUACAUGAACGAAUAUCCUAAAUUUAAGUAUGCAGUAUUAGCAUGUCUCGGUCUGUAUGUUUUGGUACAUAGAGAAUAAUGAUAAAGUUGCUCGCUGUUACGUUGAAACGUUGUUGCGACAUAGAUACAGUCGUUGACAGUCUUGAAUGAUACAUACGAAUUAAAGAUUACACUUAAAUUGUUUAAAAAUGCAUAUAUUCAUACGUAUGUACGUAUCACGUGCGUGCGUGCGUGCGUUCGUGCGUGUGCACGCGCGCGCGCGCGUGUGUGUGUGUGUGUAUGUGUGGUGCGCAUAAUUUGUGUGUGUGUGUAUGUGUGUGUGUGUGUGUAACGUACACACAUCACAUCGCUGAAUCUUACACCCAAAACAUAAUGAAGCGUAAAAGAUUCAAGUUGAAACGCAUUUCUUUGUACAUAUUACGAUAUUAAUUUUAAUAUGUUAUAAUAUAUGUUGUCUUCUAGGCCUGAUCACAUUUGUCCAGUUACACUAGUAGUUACAAAGGCCGUUGUCUGUAUUCAGACUCAGUGAAUGUAUCAAAGAAAAAACUAUCCGAGCGAAUGUUCCGGACGUUGUCACUCACAGCCUAUUACGUUCAUAGUCUGCCAUGUUCAAUUUCUAUCAUAUAGAUCUGAUUUUAUUACGACGCCGUGAUCGUAUCCGUUGAUCGUAAUCAGGCGCGUGGCUGAGAUAAGGAAUAACGGAUUGUAUCGAGAAUCAGUAUCAGUGUCCAUAGCAUCGGAAGAAUAGAUAGAUGAGGCAAUCUUUUGAUCUUCAUUAUUUCUACGUUGAUUGACACGAGUUCGGAGGAAGGUUCGUGUUCGAAGAUGAUGAGAUGUAACAAAUGAUGGGGAAUUUUACAGGAAAAUGUGAUACGCGUGAUCAUCUAUAUGAGUCUUGGAGAUGAAAAUUUGUACAUUGAUCGUUUCUAACAAGGCGCACUGUAACUAGUAUAUCACACGUGUGAAAUAAAUGUGUAAUGUGUAAAAAUGAUGUAACGCAUCAUAGGAAUCACUAAGCCUUGUGUCAUCUAGUUAAUCAGACAUCUUUCAGGUAUGUGUCGUGAUUUGACACAGUAGUGAGUACGACCGUUGAGUUAAUUUCAAACGUGACACGAUCGGCUAGACCAGAGAACA